CUGGAUACUAAGAUGCCGUGUUUGCUGUGGAAUUCUGCACUCGGUGGUUGUCUGGAUAUUUGUCAUUUUGGGCUAAUGACACACUGAAAUAGAUAGCUGUAGAUUGGAUGCAAGGAAAUGAAAGCGUUUGUGUUUUCUUCAGGGAUUUUAUGGCCAGUUGAUGGACGGAUUGACCUUCUCUUAUAAAGAUCUUCUGGGCCCAAGUGGAUUUCACGUUGUAAAAAUUAAGACUCACUUCGAAUGAAACUAAUGAACAUCAGAAGCAUGACGGUGUGUUUGUUUCAAACGUGUGCAUGUAGGACAUCUGGUGAGCUUCAGUAAAUCUGGGAAUGGCAGGACGUCACUGAAUGCUUCACAUGGUGCUGAAAGUAAAGGGGAUUUGCCGUAUGCAGUUGAGUUUUGUCGUGAGGAGCAGAAAGGUGUCCAGCAUAUUUUAGUGAUAUAAAAAUGAAGGAGAAGUCGAAGAACGCGGCGCGCACGCGGCGGGAGAAGGAGAACAGUGAGUUUUACGAGCUCGCCAAACUGCUGCCUUUACCUUCAGCCAUCACCUCUCAGCUGGACAAAGCCUCCAUCAUCAGACUCACCACCAGUUACCUGAAGAUGAGGAUAGUCUUCCCUGAAGGUCUUGGAGAAUCUUGGGGCCAUGUGAGUCGGACCAGCUCUUUAGAUAAUGUGGGCCGCGAGCUCGGAUCACAUUUGCUUCAGACUUUGGAUGGCUUUAUUUUCGUGGUGGCUCCUGAUGGAAAAAUUAUGUACAUUUCUGAAACGGCGUCUGUGCAUUUAGGGUUGUCUCAGGUAGAGCUAACGGGCAACAGUAUUUAUGAAUACAUCCACCCUGCAGAUCAUGACGAGAUGACCGCAGUGCUUACCGCUCACCAGCCCUACCAUUCACACUUUCUCCAUGAAUAUGAAAUGGAGAGGUCUUUCUUUCUGAGGAUGAAAUGCGUCCUGGCGAAAAGAAACGCAGGCUUGACAUGCGGCGGUUACAAGGUGAUUCACUGCAGUGGCUAUCUGAAGGUUCGUCAGUACAGUUUGGAUAUGUCACCGUUUGAUGGCUGUUAUCAGAACGUGGGUCUGGUAGCUGUGGGUCACUCUCUCCCACCCAGCGCAGUCACUGAAAUCAAACUUCACAGUAAUAUGUUCAUGUUUAGAGCCAGUCUGGACAUGAAGCUCAUCUUCCUCGACUCCAGGGUUGCAGAGCUGACGGGCUACGAGCCACAAGACUUAAUCGAAAAGACUCUUUAUCAUCACGUGCACAGCUGUGACACUUUCCAUCUGCGCUGUGCGCAUCACUUGUUGCUGGUAAAGGGACAGGUCACAACCAAAUAUUACCGAUUCCUGUCUAAACAGGGCGGGUGGGUUUGGGUACAGAGUUACGCCACUAUUGUACACAACAGCAGAUCAUCCAGACCACACUGUAUUGUCAGUGUCAACUACGUGCUCACGGAUACGGAGUAUAAAGGACUACAGUUGUCCUUAGAUCAGGUGACGUCCACCAAACCUUCCUUUACCUACAGCAGCCCCUCCAAUCCCAUCAGUGAGAACAGACGAGUGGGUAAAAGCAGGGUUACUCGUACCAAGACCAAAACACGACUCUCUCCCUACUCACAGUAUCCAGGCUUCUCCACAGAUCGCUCUGAAUCGGAUCAGGAUAGCAUGUGGGGUGGCAGCCCACUCACCGACUCUGCCUCUCCUCAACUUCUGGAGCCGUGUGAAGCGAUCGACUCCUCGUGCGUGUACCGGCAGUUCGCCGAACCUCAUCCGCUUUGUUACGGCCUACCGCUAACCGAUGAUCACCACGCCUCCGGUGACUUCUAUAACCACGCUCACUCGGAGUCUUGCGAGCGGGGCCGCUGUAGGGCUGGACGAUAUUUCCUAGGGACACCUCAGCCGGGACGAGAGGCGUGGUGGAGCGCGGCCCGUUCAGUCAUCCCGUUACCCAAGUCCUCUCCCGAGAAUGGAGACUGCUAUGAAGGUGUGACGCCGCAUAUCGCCUCGGUCCACAGCCUGCAAGUGAGAGGUCACUGGGAUGAGGACAGCAUGGUCAGCUCGCCCGACGGUGGCUCGGCGAGCGAUUCGGGGGAGCGGUAUCGCGGUGACCGGUGCCGUGCGAGCCCCGAAGAGCCCAGCAAGAUUGAGACGUUGAUACGAGCCACGCAACAGAUGAUAAAAGAGGAAGAAAGUCGUCUACAGCUGCGAAAGGCCGCCACAGACACACCUUUGGAGCCUAUGAAUGGUCUGGCCAAGAGCCAUGGCCACUCGUUUAGUACUGAGUUUUCCCAGUCCGCACUGCAGGGCUUGGCGUGUCGGGGGACAGCACAGGUGAUAAGCCCGACCCGUAGUCCUGUUUCUCUGUCUCGCCUCGGCAGCCCCAAUCCUGACCGACUGAGCAAAAGUAAAGACUUCCUGCAAAACGAGCUCUCUUGUCAGCAACACCAGCAACCGUUGCAGCUGGCGGGCACCUGUGCCGUGUCUCCGGCUCCCGCGCUGUACCCCUCGCAUCCCCGCCAGUACCUGGAGAAACAUGCGGCCUACUCGCUCACCAGCUACGCGCUGGAACAUCUGUACGAGGCCGACGCCGUUCGGGGAUACUCGCUGGGUUGCUCAGGUUCCUCUCAUUACGACAUGGCCACUCAUCUACGCAUGCAGUCCGAACAAGCACCUGCUCAUAAAGGCACCUCUGUCAUUAUCACCAAUGGCAGCUGAUGCUUAUCAAAAAACAUACAGUCACCCUCUCACUCAGAUAACAGACGGACACAUUUACCACUUUGCUUUCCCAACCACUAUUUUUCUUUUCAUCUGUAAAUGUUUGAAGGAAUGGGACAUUUUUGAUUUACUGGCAAGCUAUACAUCUCCACAAAUUCUGCACUUACUCUUAAUAGCACAUUUUUCUUUUAUACAGUAUUUGUCACAGUAUUUUAAUAUAUUUUCUUUGGAUUUCACAUUUGUUUUUGGGUGAAAAUCUUGUUUGGGUCCAUGAUACUUUAAUGAGUUUUAAGCUACAAUAAAUUGGCUAUCCAGCUUGCCUCUACAGUCAAAGUCUGAGCAUUACAAACUACAUCAAAGCAUGCUUGACAUACCAGAGAUCACAAACUAAAACAAAAUACUGCAUUCAUUUUUUCUUCUUAAAGCUGUUUAAGGUUCAUAUUGAAGAAUUUGAACAACAUACAGUAUAAGUUUAUUAAUCUUUAUUUAUUUCUAAUGCUUUUUUCUGUCAUGCCAACCUUUAAACCGAACACUAAAGAUUAUGCAAUUCUGAAGGACUUUUGAUUUGAUUCUGUCAGAUAUACAGUGCGUACGUAGAGAGUAUAUGAAGAGAUGGAGGCAGGAUUUAGUUUGUGCUGCUAUUUGGUGUUUUAGGUUUCCACACUGGAGGAGAUUUCUGAGCGACUGAACCCUGUACCUCAGCCCUAAAACUGACUUUGGUUGGAAACCAGUUUCUCUCAGAGUUUUCUGAGAAAUGAAGAAAAUAUUUAUGAUGUACAUACACUCCAGUCUCCCCCACCAAAUCAAGCGAUGCAAAAGUUGCUAUAUGUAUUUAUUAUUAUGUGAAUGAAAUGUCAUUUGGU